GUUUGCCGCAAGCUCAAUCCACCUCCAGAUCCACCUUGGUGUUAUCCAAUUCACCCCAGAGGUUCCCCCCAUUCCAAUUCGUACCCUGGGCCAUUCAUCCACCCAUAAACCACCUCAAAUAUACUCGCCCAAUCUCAUCGCCCUCAUCAUCAUCACCACUAUCAAUCUCAGGAUCCACCAGCCCUUGACUACCACCACCAUCACAACCCUCCCUAAUCGCAUCCAAUCUUAGCGCCUAUCCAGCGAGUAUCACCUCGAACCACCCAACCACCCAACCACCCAACCACCCAACAACCAUACCUCCCCCCACCCACAAUGGACGACACCGCCACCACCCGCCAACCCUCCACGACCUCCAACCCCCCCAGCGUCGAAAACGCCUACAAGCGCAAAUGCCUCGCCCUCAAGAAACGGCUCAAUGAAAUCGAAGAAGAGAAUGAACUGAUGCGCGUCCGCAACCGUCGCGGCUGGCAAUACAUCCAGAAAAUGCGACUGGAAUCGUGCAUCUUGCUCGAACGACUCGCCAAAGUCACCGGCAUGACGGAGGAGGCGCAGGCAGGCGUGAACCCGGAACUGCGCGCUCGCGCGGCGGCCAUGAUGACGAAUAUCUCGUCUUUGACGGGUGGGAAUGCGGAGGGGAAGAAUGGGGGUUCUGUGCCGCUGUAUUUGGAUGAUGAGACUGAGGGGAGUUCGGAUGAGCAGCCGCCUACGCCCCAAGAACGGCCCCUGCGCGUCAAACGAUCCAGGAAAUCGAACCUGCCGAACGACGCCGGUCUGGAAGAUGAACCGGCGAACAACAACACCGGCAACAAAGAUAAAGAGAGUAACAAGGAUGUCACGGAAUCCGGCGCUGCAGGCGGUGCUUCAUCCUCGUCUUUGCCUCGACUUGCGCCGGCCCCGUCGCAGGAGGAAAUGACCUCUUCAUUCCGUAUUCAAACAGGACGUAAUGGUUCCGCGCAUGAUAAGGAUAGCAGUGAUCGCGGAAGCAAUAACCCCGAAUCUGCGGAGCAGAGGGGUGAUGCUGUAGAGGAUGAGACAACGCCAAUGGAUAUGGAUGCUAAGGAGCCGAAGGAGGAGAGGGAGGCAUGAUAUGAUACCAAUCAUACAUUUAUAUUUUUAUUUUUACCUUUUCAUUUACCGUUUUUUUUUUUUCUCUAGGGACAUUGAAUCUGAUAUUCCCUGACCCACUUUUCUUCCACCAUCUUGGCUCUAUUCUAUUGUGAUAAUGGGUGUUUUAUUACUCGGGUUAUUUUUAUUUUAUCUUGCUCGGGGAGAACUUUCGCUGUAUCCGAUAUCUUAUUCUUAAGUGCUUUUAUAGUAUGCUAUGGUUUCAGGAACGGGGUGGUAUUCAAUUCUAUAUACUGAAUACCUAGCGAAACAUGGCCUUUUACCUUCCUCUUUCUUCUUUGUCGUCGUUGCCCUAUUGCUGAGUGAGUUGUAUGCUAUAGAAAAAGAAUAUCCGUAUUUAUAGCAGCAAUCAAUCGAUCAAAUGAUAUGAAAGAG